AUGCUGACCAGAUGACUUCCAUGUUUGCUGACUGGUGCAGUCGCAUUAUCUGAUGUCUGUGCCAGAGUCUGAGUUGCUUUCACUGACUUUGCUGGAUUCUCCCACGUGCUGCUUGAACAUUCAUCCCUUCAUUCCUAACAGGCCUUCCUAGUGUUUUUCCACUCACUCGACAUGGACAGUGAGGAUUCAGACAAGGUCCAGAUCGGCGAAAACAAAUGUGUUAGCAAGAGCAUUCUUCUCUCACAGCUCAACACAUACAACCUUUAUUACAAAGGAGAAGCUCUCCAGUUGAGACACAGAGAGGAGGAAGGAGAGUUGAUCAUUGAGGGUUUGCUCAAUGUUUUCUGGGGCGUACGGCAGCCAAUCAGACUGCAGAUGCAGGACGAGAAGGAGGCAGGCAGGCCCUCACUAACAUCUCUGAGCACCGAAACGGACACCAACACACUCAAGUCAGAUAUUUACAUAUUGUCACAUGAUCCUCCAGUUUCCAGUGAGGUCGCUACAGCAGACGACCAAUCAAAAGACUUCAGUGAAGAGAAGGAAGAGGCAGGUGAGGAGGAGCAGCAGGAGUCGACACGCUCCGAUCGGCUCGCCAGGACCAAGACUGAUGUUGGCGGAAGGAGAAUCAGCGGGCGACGGCUUGGAAUCAGGAGAGUCAAGAGAAACCGAUGCUCCUUCAACGGCCACUUUUAUAACCACAAGACGGCGGUUUUUACGCCUAAGUUCGGCUCUGUGACCAACGUCCGCGUCAACAGCUGUAUGACGACAGCACAGGUCUUGCGGUUGCUGCUUAACAAGUUCAAGAUCGAAAACAGCCCGGAUGAAUUCAGCCUCUAUAUCGUCCACACCAGUGGAGAGAGACAUCAGCUGAAGCCUAAUGACCAUCCUUUGGCGCUCAGAGUUUUGCAAGGCCCUUGUGAACAGGUCAGCAAAAUGUUCCUAAUGGAGACGGACCAGGUGGAAGAGGUCACCCAUGAUGUGGCACAAUACAUCAAGUUUGAGCUUCCUGUUUUACAAAGCUUCAUUGCUAAGCUGCAAGAGGAAGAAGAAAGAGAGAUGCAGAAACUGAAGAAGAGGUACGCAGAUAUGCGCCGUAUCAUCAAGAAAUGCAUGCGGUCUUUAGCUGAUUCAACUAACGUUACAUGAUGAAGCUGUGCAGGCAUGUAUCACUCGUGAACACAAUCCUCAAAGCACCAACAGUAGUGACAAAACAGUGCUGUAUCAGGAAAAGGAACAUAUUUUUAGUUAAAUUUGGCUUUUAUUGUCUUCAAGUAAUAUAUAAUAUAAUAAUACAGCAGUAUCCAAAGGUACCAUGACUUUCUCUAAAUAAGCUUCAUUGGAUAAACCUUACUUAGCCUUCUUUUUUACAAAGGAAAGCAAAUGGGUCAAAAAAUGUAACAUUGUUUGACUUUCACUCAUGCACAAUGAUAAUAAUAAUAAGCUGUAAGAAUGGUAAUUCAAAAUUUGAUAUA